AAUUCGAUCAGUUUGAAAAAUUUUCUAAACGAAAACAUGUCUUUUAAAAAUAAAAUUCUAAUAUGUACUCUCUUGUUUACAUUGGUGUUUGGUGAUUCCAAGACUAAAGACAUUUAUAAUGAUUUUUUUAACGAAUUGGUCAACAGAAAGGAACUAGUUGCUCAGAUCAAAACUAAAUUAGGCGAUUCAGAAGAAGCCGGUUUUGCGUUAAUAAAAAUGUUGGACGCCUGGUCCAAAUUACCUAGCGGGAUAAUGGACGGCAACUUAAUAGAUUUGGGAAGUUUUGAUGAAUGUUAUGGCAUUGAAUAUAACAACAUUUAUGGAAAAUAUUGCCUGGGAAUUAUACAAUUUAACCCUCAAACGGAAAAAUAUUUCAAGGUUUUUGGAAUUGCCAGUCGAAAACCGCGUCCUAGACUUUUGUUAAAUCCAGAACCAAGAUUGAUGGGUUUAGGUGAUGAUUACACAGGUCUUCACUUUGCUGCGUGUGUACCAAGUACAAUGUCAGCAGCUGAAAUUCCUGGACUUUUCAAAUACACGGAAGAUUUUUGCUACUCUAAAGCGACAGAACCGGAAUUAUCAGCGAGAGCGAUUGUGACCAUUACAAUUUUAGCCAUUUUUUUGUGUUUAGUGCUAGUUUCAACUAGCUAUGAUAUUGCUCUAAACUACUUCAAAAAAGAACCCUAUCACGAAUUGUUGAUUGCAUUUUCGUUUCUUCACAACGGACGAAAACUCUUCCGUUCGAGCAAAAAUUCAGACCAAUUACUCUGUCUAAAUGGAAUCAAAGCCAUGAGUAUGAUGUGGGUCAUCACUGGACACGAAUUUUCAAACGUCAUGUUUGCCCCAUUAUCUAAUUUCUUUGUUCUACAAGAAUGGCUCAACGAUCCCGCCAAUAUGUUUAUAAUGGGAGCCACAGUCUCCGUUGAUACAUUUUUCGUAGUUGGAGGUCUUGUAACAGUUUACACUUUUCUGAAAUCAAUGGACAAAGGAGCAAAAUUCAAUGUUCUACUUUUCUACUUUCAUAGAUAUCUUAGACUAACUCCUGCUUACUUUAUAAUGGCUCUAAUACACCUUUUUCUUUUAAAUCACUUCGGAAAUGGACCACUUUGGAAAGUUGUAGAUGUGGAAUUGGUUGAUUCAUGCGAGACAGGGUGGUGGAGUAGUUUGUUGUAUAUAAAUAAUUACGUUCAAAAAGGAACUUGUGUGCCACAAACUUGGUACCUACAAGUCGAUAUGCAGUUAUUUGUCUUGUCGCCACUUAUUCUAAUACCAUUGUACAAGUGGCCGAAAAUUGGUCUGAGUAUUUUAGGUUUUUUGAUAAUUGGAGGAUGUGUAUCGCCGUUUGUGAUUGGUUACGUCAAGCAUAUAAAUGCCGGAAUGUUAAAUAAUGAAGAUACAGAAAAAUUUAUGACUUAUUAUUAUGCUGCGACCUACGCUCGGUUUGGACCCUACGUUAUCGGAAUGCUUGCAGGCUAUUUCUUGUACAAGAUUAAAACAAACAAGAUCCGAAUUCAUUUGAAAUCAUGGCAUGUUAUCACACUUUGGUUAGUGUUUAUAACCGGUUUAGUAGCCUGUGUGUGGGCUGGUUAUCCAUUGAAUGUAGCUACAGAAGAAGACAGAUGGGGGAGUUCACUGUAUUUGGCUUUUAAUCGGCCAGCUUGGGCUGUGGCAGUUGUCGGAGUAAUUUUCUUGUGUGUUAGUGGCUAUGGGACACCGAUUGAUAAGUUUCUUUCAUGGUCAGUUUUCCAAUUUCUGACCAAACUUUCGUAUUCUAUGUACUUGGUCCAUAUUUGUGUCAUAUCAAUUAGAACUUCUCUUUUAAGAAACAACAUCAAAUUCUCCAGUUUUGCCAUACUGCACGUGUUUUGGGGAGAUUUUAUGAUCACGUUAGGUCUGUCUCUGAUUCUGUGUCUAACCUUCGAGUCUCCAAUCAUAAUCAUUGAAAAGUACCUCUUUCAUAGAAGUGAAAAAACUAAAGCUUCGAAACAGUAAUUAAGCUAAUUACAUAAAUAAAUUAUUUUUAAAUA